AUGAUUGAGACUAGUAUUGAGAGUGUUGGUGGGUUGACGAGUGGUCCUAUGUAUUUUAUGGAGAUUGUGUCGUCGCAAUCAAGUGUUUUGUCGAGCAUUGUUGAAUCGUUUACGUCUGCGGUGUCAGCCUCCAACUUGGGAGUGUACUCUGAAGAAUUACUUGGUGAUGUGAAACAUUCGUUGAGAGAGAAUUCCCCCAUCACGAUGUUGCCGAAUUAUAAUAUCUCCCCUACCGGUGAAGAGCAUGGACUGUAUUUGGUUAUUGAUUUGGGUGGAUCGACGUUGAGAAUAGCCGUGGUGGAUAUUUCCAAGCCACACCCCAAGUUGUCGAGAACCGAGAGGAUUACUAUAGUUGUGGAAAAGAGUUGGAUUAUUGGCAAUGACUUUAAAAGGAUCGACUAUGAAUUUUUCAAGUAUAUUGGGUCUAAGAUCAAUGAGAUAUUGGUGGGACAGAAUGUUAUUGAUGUAAACUCGGUCAUCAACACGGGCAUAACCUGGUCGUUCCCGUUGGAAACCACAAACUACAAUAGUGGCAGAAUCAAGCAUGUUUCGAAGGGGUAUACUGUGGGAGAGGAUAUUUACGGCAAGGAUUUAAAGACGGUGUUGGAAGAGACGUUGCGACAAGAGUAUGGGUUGGCACUUGAGGUGAACUCUAUAUUGAACGACUCAUUAGCGGUGUAUUCUGCUGGGUGUUUUAUUGAUUCGAAUAUGAAAUUGGCAAUGGUGUUGGGGACAGGAAUUAACAUGUGCUGUUCGUUGAAAAAGUCGAGUGAGAUUUGUCGCUACAAGAUGUUGGCUGACGCUACGUUGUUUAAUUGCGAGCUUUCGUUGUUUGGCCAGAACCUAUGUAAGGACUUUGCGACAAAGUAUGAUAGUAUUAUUGACCAACGGUUUGCCAGGACUCAGCACCAUUUCAAGACGUUUAUGGGGCCGGACCCACUUACGCAAACGCUUUUCCAGCCACACGAGUUGAUGACUAGUGGGCGGUACUUGCCGGAAUUGACAAGGUUGGUGGUGGUGGAUUUGAUUGAGGCGGGUGAAAUAUUUCAAAAUGUCGACUGCCAACUGUUUUAUGAAGAGUAUGGCGGGUUUAGUGGGGAGUUGAUGUGCUUUGUCCAUGAGACUGAUGAUUAUAAUGACAUUCAUGUCAAGUUGUGCAAGGCCUAUGGUUGGACGGGUAUUGGGAGGAGUGAUGUGGUAUGCCUCAAAGAAGUUGUAUCGUGCAUUAUCAAGAGAGCGGCAUUUAUUGUUGCCAAUGCGAUAAUUGCGUUUUUCAAAUUGCUAGGGGGUGACGAAUUGUGUGGCGAUGUGACUAUUGGGUAUGUUGGGUCGGUGUUGAAUUAUUUUCACGAGUAUAGACGCUUGAUUAUUGAGUAUGUGAACAACGCAGCCGAGGCCAAACAGUUGGGGGUUACGAUCGAUUUAAAGUUGAUUGAUAAUAGUUCGAUUAUAGGUGCUGCAAUCGGAGCAGCUUAUUAUAGGUAA